CACCACUACGCUAAAAAGUAUUGUAAAUUGUAAACAUAUGUAUGUUUUGUUUACAUUUUUAAGAAAUGGGAGGAAAAAGUUAUUAUUGCGACUACUGCUGUUGUUUUAUGAAAAACGAUUUGAAUGUGCGCAAAUUGCACAAUGGUGGUAUUUCCCACACAAUUGCCAAGACCAAUUAUAUGAAACGAUAUGAGGAUCCCAAAAAGAUAUUGGGCGAGGAACGCAAGAAAACCCCUUGCAAGCGAUACUUUGGUGGCUACUGCAAAUUUGAAAUGUAUUGUAAAUAUUGUCACUAUAGUGAGAAGGAAUUACAGGAGCUGGAAAAACUAGUUCUUGCCAAAAAAAAGGCCAACUCCAAAAAGAGAAAGAAAUCCACAAAAUGGCCCUGGAAAACUCAUACGCAAAAGGGAUUGCCUAUAUCAUUACAACCCAUUCAGUUAGCCAGGCUCGAAAGAACCUAUUUUGAACUAAGCUGGGGUUAACGAACAGAUAUAUGUAUAUUUACAUC